AUGGAAAGGGGCGUCCGACUCCUUGUUUCUUUUCUGAAAUCGCCAUUCAAUCCCGGGACGGAAUCCGUGGUCGUGCGAUACGCACCUGGAUUCGGCCCGGUGACGAGUUGGAUUUUCCAGGUGCGCAAGGCCUUCGGAUUCCGCAGGGUCCGCCAGCGGCAAAAUCGACUUCUACCAUCCAACAUGGUAGUACUGUCUUCUCAGACGGCGCAUCCCGGGCUUGGAGAUAUAUUGACAACAAAAUUAGGCCUGAGUGGGUGCAGUCGACUCGGUUCAAGCACGAACGCAUAUCGUAACGGGAGUAGCGGAGCAAUCGGUGGAAACGCCUUUAGCGAGUUUGAUCAGUUCUACAGCUGCACAACUAGUCCACAAGAGGCAGAAUCAGCAUUCAAUUGCUGGGACAACGUCGACGUGAACCAAAACGACACCAUCAGCGACUUGAACUAUUUGGAGUGCCUGCUCGGCGAAUUCUCCGCCAUGGGAGAUAUGAAACCGCAGCAGAGCAGCGCAGACUUGACGAUGACGAGUUGCACCAUGAGCACGACAUAUUCGAACAUGGACACCGGGUUCGGAAUGGAGCCCGAGCAGCAAACCGCUAGAGAAGCCUCGCUGCCGAGCUUCCAACAAAUGUACCAGACUGACUACUUGGCAGCGACCAUUCCACAACAGCAGCAACAACAAGAGUUUCUGCGGGGAAACGAACUGUGUCAAUCGGAACAGUUCCAGGGAUUCAAGCAGGAGCCGAAUGACGCCUUCUCCGCCGCGUGUGCAAUGUCGCUGCAAGACUCUUCGUCGUACGGAACGGAAAAUUCCGCGUUCGCUGCAGCCGCCCAACCUGUGCAGGACUUCCAGCAGUUUGACCCCGGAUUGCAAUUCUCUUGCGACCCGUUCCAAGCAUCUACGUCGACCCAGGAUGGCGGGCAUUCGCAGCUCGUCGGUUUCACUGGACCGAAGACGUUUCAGUCUCAGUUCCAACCGACGACCUCGCACGCUCCUGCAAGGAUCAUGCAUCAAGACCCCAAGCUCGAACACGGCGUGGAGCAGAUGAGCCUGCCAUCAACGUCCGGAUACUCGACCAUGCAUCAUCUGCGGUUCUCGGGACAGCAGAUGCAGGCUUCUCCGCAGGAGGCAGUUCCACUCCCGGCGUAUUCUCGCUCCACUGCGAUGAGGAAGCGACAGCUUGCCAUGACCCACAGUACUUCAGUCGACUCCGGAAUGAGCAUUUUUCCAAGCAGUCCAAGCCCAUGCUCAAGCAUGUCUCCAUCAUCAUCGAGAUCUUCUCCGAUCUACGGAAUGUGCCGUAGUGUUCCUCCGAUGACUUUCGCUUCGUCAGAAAUCGGCAUGGGACCCAGGGUUAGUGGAAGCCCCACCAAGGCUCCAUUGUCUCCAAGUCAACUUUGCGCUGUUUGUGGAGAUAGUGCUGCCUGUCAGCACUACGGAGUCAGGACAUGCGAAGGAUGCAAAGGUUUUUUCAAGAGAACUGUACAGAAAGGCUCGAAAUACGUUUGCUUGGGAGACAAGAAUUGCCCCGUGGACAAACGAAGACGCAACAGGUGCCAAUUCUGCAGGUUCCAGAAAUGCCUCGCAGUGGGGAUGGUCAAGGAGGUCGUGAGAACGGAUUCAUUGAAAGGAAGACGCGGGAGGCUUCCUUCAAAACCAAAGACUUCUCAGGAAAAUCCAGCUUCUCCCCCAGUUACGCUUAUAACUGCUCUGGUUCGAGCUCAUUUAGAUACGAACCCCGACGUUACCAAUCUGGAUUACUCAGAGGUGAGCACGGUGACCUUAUUCAACGAACUCUUGUACGAAGAGCCUGGACAAGGAACUAUGAAUGAGGCAGACAGAACUCAGCAGUUCUUCAACUUGAUCACGUCCUCCGUGGAAGCCGGGCGAGGCUUCGCUGAAAGAAUUCCAGGUUUCACUGAUCUUGCGAAAGAAGAUCAGGACCUUUUAUUCCAAUCCGCAAGUCUGGAACUGCUUGUGCUACGCUUGGCAAAUAGAAACAGACUCCAAGAGUCCAACCAAGUUACGUUUUGCAACGGGAAAGUGUUGAAUAAGCAGCAAUGCGAGAGCACAUUCGCGGAGUGGAUGAAUGGCAUCACCGAGUUAUCGUUAAGUAUUCAAAACAUGGACCUGGAUUUGUCAGCGUUCGCUUGUCUUUGCGCACUGACGAUUUUGUCAGAGCGUCAUGGGUUGCGUGAGCCUGGUAGAGUCGAGCAACUUCAAAUGAAAGUCGUCAACUCACUGCGGGAUCACGUUGUGUACAACGCAGAAGCUCGCAACAAACCGCAUUACUUUUCCAAGAUCUUGGGGAAGUUGCCGGAGUUGCGGUCGCUCUGCGCGCAGGGCUUGCAGCGAAUUUUCUGUUUGAAACUGGAGGGCAUUCUACCAGCACCACCGUUCAUUGAAGCCCUUUUCGCUACUAGCCUCCCAUUUUGAGUCAUCGUUACAUGAUCGCUUGAUUUGCACUAGUCUCCACGCAUGCCCCCCCCUCCCCCAUUUGCUUUUCCCGCUGUUGUUCAGCAGUUCGCUUUCUGCACCAGUGUUCUCUGAUGGUGCGUCGCUGCUUUUAAACCGGAGUAUUUUUGAAGUGAGGGAGGCAGUAUGGUCUGGAGGAUAGAUAUGCUUAUAACCGAUCCACGGACAGGACUCGAAUCCUGAAGCACAAUCCUCAAGGAUGAAAGGAAAUUUUAUUUAUUGGAUAAGUGAGAAGCCUUCCUUCUCUGCUGCAAGUGUUGGCUCAGUAUUUUCAACGUUUUCGUGUUACCCUUCAGCUUCCUGCGAUUACUAAUGUAUGGGGUGCAAUGUGAGUGAAUUUGUUUCGAACGGUUCCGGUUGAAAAAAAAAAGGGCUGGGAACGCAUUCCAGAAUUGAAACAGUUUCUGCUGAGAUACCUGCGUGAUCAUGCACCCUUUAAAGACAAAGACAAUGUUUUGGAAUUAAUUUUGGCUGAGCUUGAUCGGUAAACAGAGGAGCAUAUCUGAGGGUGACGGUUGGGAGCUGUGUCUGAGAGGUCAGAGCAUAGAUGAUUUAAUUUGAGGAGUGUUGGAAGCAAGGGACGGUAAAUUGGGACCCCAUGUGCAAGUGCGUAUUUUUGGUGUAUUUUUGAUGUUCGUUAAUGUUGUUCCACCAUUCCAUGGUGUUUUCCCCAGAGACAUUUAUGCAUGCUUUUGCAUUUGCGAUUUCUUGCAUUGUUGUGUGUCUUUCCGUAUCGUAAACGCAUACAGUGUAGCACACCUUGUGCGCGUUUUUGAAAAUUGUUCUACUUUUUGGACCGUUCUCACUUCUCGUGCAUUGUGCUCCUGCACGCAGUUCGAUUUCCAAAAAUUAUUUUGUUCAAAGUCUUGUUUCCCACACUCUGUAAUGCUGGUUCAAGUCGGAAAAAGUGGAAAAAAACGAUUUGGGAAGUUCACGAGCUGGUACUUCUUGGCAAGGAUGUUGAUGGACACCCUCAGCGCACAACAGUUCCGUGCUUCAGAUUUCACUGAUAUCAUAAAAGGCUGUGUGCCAAAGCUUUACCCGGAACUGGACAAUAAAAUUUGCAGGAUUCCGAAAAAAAUGCUUCGAAGUUGGGCUAGAAUUAACAAAGCAGCUGUUCAGAAAUUUGUCCUUGUAUACUGACGCCUUCCUAUGGUGCAAAAGAGAGAGAAUCCGUGUUAGUUUUAAAAUCAAAUUAACCCCCCCCCCCCCCCCGCGAAAUGCUUUCCAGAUACAAACAUACAGUACUUAGAAUGUUGGUGUUUCGAGACAAAAUUUACCAUUUGGCUUAUGAAUUUCUUUCGACCUACCCUAUGACAUUUACGUUUUUAAAAUUGAACGCAUCUUUGAAAAUCACAUAGGAAUUACCCCACAGACGAGCUGACGAAGCAAAUACGUCAGUCCUCACUUUGAUGAUCUGGCGGAGCUUUUUUUCUUUUACAUGCAGGGCCAAUGAAAUCACGUUUGAAUUCUAAAUGUGCUUCUCUGAUUUAUCUGCUCUUCGGGAAUACGUUGUGCAUGAAUCUCGAUCGUGUUAAUAAAACUUCGAAAAUCUGAAAAGAAA